GCCGCCGCCUGGCCUGGCGGUGCCCGGCGGCAUGAGCAUGCCCGGCGGCAUGAGCAUGCCCGGCGGCAUGAGCAUGCCCGGCGGCAUGAGCAUGCCCGGCGGCAUGAGCAUGCCCGGAGGCCUGCCGGGCCUGCCGAUGCCGGGCAUGCCAGGCAUGCCCGGCGUGGGGCUCCCUGGCGGCCUGCCCUUGGGCGGGGCGGCGGCGGCAG